CCGUUUUACCAACCUACCCACUGGGUAUACCCAAAAUUCCCCCAGAUUUCAUUUCCGGAUCAGAAUAUCCAUUUUCCUCACGACUCUGUAAUCCGUAUCCUAUUCUACCGCUUUUCGGACCCUCCGAUCGGAUCCUUCCCUGUUAGCAUCACCGAUUUCUCUCAUCCAGCGCCAGAAACCUCAGCUUCAGAUCCGGAUUCUUUUUCUCGAUCCAUUGAAUGCAGAUAUAAAUGCUUAAUAAGUAAGUCCUUGCUAUGGAAAUUCCUGUUGAGACUCCUGCUAAGAAGACGAAGAGGUUGACGUCUGUAGUGUGGAAUCAUUUUGAAAGAGUUAGGAAGGGAGAAAUAUGUUAUGCUGUUUGUGUACAUUGUAAGAAGAAGCUUAGUGGAUCGAGUAACAGCGGAACAACUCAUUUGCGGAAUCAUUUGCUAAGGUGUUUGAAGAGAUCCAACUAUGAUGUUUCUCAGAUUCUAGCUGCUAAGAGAAAGAGAAAGGAUACUGCUGUUAGCCUUACAAAUUUCACAUAUGAUGAAGUGCCAAGAAAAGAUGAAAUUAUCACCCCCAUUGCUUACAGAAUUGAUCCAGAACCGCGAAAAGAAGAACCUAGUCAGGCUGUCAGCCUGGCAAGUGCUAAAUUUGAUCAAGAGCGUAGUAGACUGGAUCUUGCCCGUAUGAUAAUGUUACAUGGUUACCCACUAGCUAUGGUGGAGCAUGUUGGAUUUAAAAUAUUUGCGAAGAAUUUGCAACCCCUGUUUGAUGUUGCGAGUAAUAGUGCCACUGAACUUGAUUGUAUGACAAUAUACGGGAAGGAGAAACAGAAGGUUUAUGAACUGGUACAUAAUCUGCAUUCCAGGAUCAGUCUUGCCAUUGAUAUGUGGUUUUCAUCAGAAAAUGCAAGAUAUAUGUCUUUGACAGCUUACUAUGUUGAUGGGGACUGGAAGCUACAGAAGAAGAUACUGAACUUCAUUACUUUGGAUCCUUCUCAUACAGAUGACAUCCUUUCUGAAGUUGUUAUCAAAUGUCUGACAGAAUGGGCUGUUGAAAGGAAAUUAUUUUCCAUGACAUUUGAUGAUUGUUUUGCGUAUGAUGAUAUGGUCUUCAGGAUUAAGGAUUGGCUGUCUCAAAACAAACCUCUUCUGAAAAAUGGUGAAUUGUUUGAUGUACGCUGUGCAGCACAGGUUCUGAAAUCUAUCGUUCAAGAUGUCAUGGAAGCACUUCGAGAUGUGACGGAUAAAAUCCGAGAAAGCAUUAGGCAUGUUAGAAGUUCACAAACAACACUAGGAAAAUUCAAUGAGUUCUCUCAGCAGAUUGGGAUUAGCACAGACAGGCAUCUAGUUGUUGAUUGCCCAAUGCAGUGGAACUCAACUUAUUUGAUGCUUGAAGCAGCAGUAGAAUACAAGGGAGCAUUCUCUCUCCUACAAGAGAACGACCCUUCCUAUAUGACAGCUCUAUCUGAAACAGAGUGGGAGUGGGCAAGUGCUGUUACUGGUUAUAUGAAACUUUUCCUUGAAGUUACCAAUGUUUUUGUUGGGUGCAAAUAUCCUACUGCAAACAUGUACUUUCCAGAGCUAUGUGAUAUUCACAUUCAAUUGAUAGAAUGGUGCAAGAGUCCUGAUGAUUUUCUAAGUUCUAUUGCAGUGAAGAUGAAAUCCAAGUUUGACAAGUACUGGAAGAAGUGCAGUUUGGCGGUGGCAAUAGCUGCAAUCCUAGAUCCCAGAUUCAAGAUGAAGUUGGUGGAGUACUAUUAUCCUCAGAUUUAUGGUAGUGAUGCUGUGGGUCACAUCAAGGAGGUUUCCAAUGGUAUCCGGGGACUUUUCAGUGAGUAUGCCGUAAGCUCGUCUUCGGUGGAUCAAGAUUCUGCUCUGCCUGAUGGUAGCUUGCCUAGUACUAUUAAUGGAACUAGAGAUCGACUGAGAGGAUUUGACAAGUUCCUUCAUGAAACUUCAAUAAGUCAGAGCAUGAUAUCCGACCUUGACAAGUAUUUAGAGGAACCAGUCUUUCCACGUAACAAUGAUUUCAACAUAUUGAAUUGGUGGAAGGUUCACACCCCAAGGUAUCCCAUCUUGUCCAUGAUGGCUCGUGAUGUUCUGGGGCUACCUGUUGCCACGCUUGGACGAGAUCUGGUAUUUAGCAACAGAGGUAGAGUGCUUGAUCAUCAUCGUAGUUCGCUCAAUCCAGACACUCGAGAAGCUUUAGUAUGUGGCCAAGAUUGGUUGCGCGUGGAAUCAGAAGAAAACCAAGUUUCCUUGAGCCAUCCUGCUGUAUCACUUUUCAUUGAAGCAAAGUAAGAUGAUGAUGAUGGUUGUCAAAUGAUGACCAAGCAAGCUAACAGGUGUCAAAUUAUUUUGAUGCUUAUGCUGGCAUAGAGACCGAGCAUUAGUUUCCAGUUGUACGAGCAUUCUUACUGGCACGGGUUUAUAUGUUGAAGGAAAUUAUCAAAACUGUGUCACAUCAUUCAUAUCGACAAGAAGUGGGAGCUGGCAGAUGCUAUACUAAAGACAGCCAGUUAAAUUUACUGCUAGUAUGUUAAGCUGAACCAGAAAAAUUUUCUUCUUUUUAGGGGAUUUCUUUUAUGUGUCAAUCCGUGCUGGGGAAUGUUACAAAUAAUGCAGGAGAGAAAUUAAAAUAUAAAACAGCUAUUUUUUAUGACAAGUUGGUUUAAGGGCUAACAUUUUUAGUA